GUUCAUAGAGCGCAUGCCAAAAUACUUGUGUUUGGUCUGCAUGGAUUUGACAAGAAUCGGCGACGAUGAUGUUUUGACAGUUGACAUGAUCUGAUGAAAAUGAUGCUGAUUGACAUGUGUUGAGGAUCAUUUGGAAGAGAAAUACAUCAAAAAGACAAAAUGAGCAAGUCAAACAAAGGUGGUGAAUGUGUGAAGGUGGUGGUGAGAUGUCGGCCCAUGAACGAAAAAGAAACAGCCAGUGGGUUUAGUAGGGUGGUGAAUAUGGAUGUGAACAGGGGCGUGAUAGACCUCCGCAGUACCAAAGGCUCCACCACAGAACCGCCUAAAACUUUCACAUUUGAUUCCGUCUAUGACUGGAAUUCCAAGCAGAGAGAUCUGUAUGACGAGACGUUCCAUGACCUGGUGGAGUCGGUCCUGCAGGGAUUCAAUGGUACAAUCUUUGCCUAUGGACAGACUGGAACAGGGAAAACAUUCACCAUGCAAGGUGUCAAGAACGAUCCAGAAAUGCGAGGGGUGAUUCCCAAUUCUUUUGAACACAUAUUCCAGCAUAUUUCCCGCUCACAGAAUCAACAGUACCUUGUUCGAGCGUCGUAUUUAGAAAUAUAUCAGGAGGAGGUGCGGGACUUGUUGUCCAAGGAUCAGUCUAAACGCCUGGACCUCAAGGAGAGGCCUGAUACUGGUGUUUAUGUGAAGGACUUAUCUUCCUUUGUGACGAAGAGUGUCAAGGAAAUUGAACAUGUGAUGAAUGUGGGAAACCAGAAUAGAUCUGUUGGUGCAACUAAUAUGAAUGAACACAGCUCCCGAUCUCAUGCCAUUUUCAUUGUCACUGUUGAGUGUAGUGAGUUGGGAGUAGACGGUGAAAACCACAUCCGUGUUGGCAAGUUGAACAUGGUGGAUUUAGCAGGCAGCGAGCGGCAGGCCAAGACGGGAGCUACAGGUGAUCGCUUAAAGGAGGCUACCAAAAUCAACCUGUCCCUGUCUGCCCUUGGUAACGUCAUCUCUGCUCUGGUAGAUGGGAAGUGUUCUCACAUCCCCUACAGAGACUCCAAACUCACCAGAUUGUUGCAGGACUCCCUAGGAGGCAAUGCACGCACUGUGAUGGUGGCCAACAUCGGUCCAGCCAGCUACAACUAUGAUGAAUCUAUCACUACCCUCAGGUAUGCCAACAGAGCCAAGAAUAUUAAAAACAUACCCAAGAUCAAUGAAGACCCGAAGGAUGCCCUACUGAGAGAGUUUCAGGAGGAGAUUGCCCGGUUGAAGAACCAACUGGACUCCAAAGGAGGUCCGAAGAAGAAGAAGAAGAAGAGAGUGAGAAGAGACAGAAAUGGAGAAAUAAUCGAAGUGAGUGAUGACGAUGACGAGGAUGAGGGUGAUGAGGAGGAUGAUGUGGAGUCCUACAUGGAAGCCCAGCAGGAAAAAUUGGAGUCCGAGAAGAAGGCUAUCCUCAACGAUCAGAGCAUCAUGGCAGAGGAGAAAGAGAGAAUCCUGCACGAGAUGAGGGCGAAGGAGGAGAUACUGAGACAAGAGAAGGACCAGACUGAUGCCCUCGCUGGCAAGAUCAAGGCUAUGGAGAGCAAGUUGUUGAUGGGAGGGAAGAACAUUGUCGACCACACCAACGAGCAACAGAGGGCCCUGGAACAGCGGAGGCAGGAGAUUGCUGACAGAAAGAAAGUGGAGCGUGAGAUACAGCAGAAGCUUGAGGAGAAGGAGGAGUCGGCCGAGGAGAUCAAGGGCACGUACGCCUCCCUGCAGCAGGAGGUCGACGUGAAGACAAAGAAGCUGAAGAAGCUGUUCGGCAAGCUGCAGCAGACCAAGCAGGAGAUCCAGGACAUGCAGGAGGAACAUGUCAAGGAACGCCAGGAACUGGAACAGACACAGAUGGAACUCACCAGGGAACUCAAACUCAAACUGCUGAUCAUUGAGAACUUCAUCCCACACGAAGAAAAGAACAAGGUUCUCAACAGGGCUUACUUCGACGAGGAUGAUGACUCAUGGCAUCUGAAGCCCAUCACCAACAAGAAUGCUCAGUCAAUGGCAAAACGUCCAAUCUCGGCUCUCGGCAACAGGCGACCUGUUUCAGACUUUGCCAAAGUUUCUGCAGCAAUGAAAGGCAACCCACGGUUCAAGGGAGAAAAUAUUCUGGAGAUUGAAAUGGACAUGCCCAACAGGACGACCCGUGACUACGAAGGCCCGGCAGUGGCCCCGCGGGUCCAGGCUGCCCUGGAUGCUGCCCUGCAGGACGAGGAUGACCUGGACAUAGACGGAAGUCCGAGUAUCUUCAGUUCACGUCCCAAGUCAGGGAAGAGGAGAGAAAAGACUGUUCCAAGACCACGUACAGCCAAGAAGCUCGGGAUCACUGAUCCGAAAUAUCCGACUUCUCGAGGCCUGGUUCCAAAAUGAUGACUUCAGUGCAGACGAACCAGAACUGCUCUUUCUAAAAUUCCAGCUGAUAUAUUCCUAAUCCUGUUUGCGAGAAAGCUUCUCUGUACCACUUUCAGAAGAAGUUUCAGAGCAUUUAUUGAUGUAUGGCAAAAUAAGAACUCCUUGUCUAGUCUUUGAGUGGCCUGUCUAUACACUUGCUUCACUUUGCUCUCCACACAUUGUAAGUCAGCUCUGUGAUUCAUCACAGCAUGGUGUUUACUCUAGCAUUUGAAACUACAUCAGCUCAGCUUCUGAAGAUUUCUAUACGAAAUCCUAACUUUGUAUGCAUUUCACCUUCAUGGUAUAUGUAGAUCUGUGCCAAUCAAAACUAAUUAGUUGAUGACAUUUGAAUUCUUUGUGUAAUCAUGCAAUUCUGAUCUUGUUCUGUGAUCAAAUUGGAUGAUGUUUCUAGUUGUUAUGAAACCUAGGGCAAAGAAGGAUUUGACAUUGAGGUGAUGAAGCAUCUAAAAGGAUGCGGGGGCACGGGUGGCCCAGUCGUCUAAGGCGCCGUGAUUCGCUGUGCAGAGUUGCGUCCCUUGGGCACGCCAGAAACCUAUGAUUGUGGGUUCGAAUCCCGGUUCGCCCCAAUUAUGUUUC